UUUCAACGUGUUAACGAAGCCAAAAUUUUUUGUUGUUGUUGUUGUUGUUGUUUCUAUCUCUAUUUAAUCAAUCUAUAGUUUCAAUAAUGAAAACAUAUUGAAACGUUUGAAACAAACAAAACAAAACAUCAAACGGGAAGUGUGUGUGUGUUUGUUUGUGUGCGGGUGGAUAUCAAGACAAAACGUAAUUUUCAACAACCAUCACUACAUGUUUAGGAAAUGAAAUAGUUUCCGAAAAAAAACAUACAAUCGAUAGAUCGUUUAUUUUAAAUUACUUUUUUUCCGGGAAAAUUUCUCAAAUUGAUCAACAAAAAGAAUGUCUCAAGAUAAUUUUAAAAUAUUUUUCCUGUUUAUUUUCAUAUCCAUUUUUGCAAUUACAAAUGGACAAAGAUCACGUGGUUCAAUAUCAUCAUCACCACAAUCACCAUCCUCAUCAUCAUCAAAUCGACAAUUUUCACGUGGACAACCUGAAUCAUCAUCAAAUAUAAAUUCACCACCACCAUUAACAUCGAAUCCAGAUCCAGAUGAUGAUGAUCAUUCUGGUUCACAAGGCAAUUCUGGUGGUGGUGCAGAUUUCACUUGUCCAAAAUCCGAUGGUCUAUUUGCCGAUCCAAAUAAUUGUCGAAAAUUUAAUCUUUGUGGUAAUUGGCGUGCAUGGAGUCAAACAUGUCCACCAUCAUUGUAUUUUGAUUCCAAACUAAAAUAUUGUACAUUUAAAACUGAACAACUAACUUGUGGCCCAAUUGAUGAAGCUGAAGUACGUGCUGAAGAACGUGAAUUAAGUCAAGAUGCACUGCCAUCAUGUCAAUUGGAUGAUUGUCAUCUACCAAAUUGUUUCUGUACAAAUGAUGGUACAUUAAUACCGGCCAAUAUUCCACCAAGUCAAACACCACAAAUGGUUUUGAUUAGUUUUUCCGGUGCUCUAAACGACCUGGUUUAUGAUCAUUAUCGUCGUGUACUAGGUUAUGGUAAUCGUUUUAAUUCACAACAAUCAAGAAGAAAUCCAAAUGGUUGUGGUAUACGGGCAACAUUUUUUAUUAAUCAUGAAUAUUCAAAUUAUGCACAAAUACAAUGGUUUGCUGCACAAGGACAUGAAAUGGCUGUACAUUCAAUUACGUAA